AUGAUAGCGCACCACACGACUUCACUGGCAAGACACACGGUGAAUACUACCUUAGAUCUUGUCCCAAUGGCUGCCGGGAGAGAGCGCGCCAGCCAACUUAUCGUACCGGCGAGAGGUCCGCGGAGCCGCACUCGUCCAGCCCUAUUGGUCAAAACGAGGAGGCGAACAGUGGAAUCUCCUGGCAAUGAUUGCAAGCGCGGGGUAUUGACAGAAAAUUCUUGCAAUGUGAUAACCGGGAAAAAGGACUUCGUGCUUAACUUUUGUCUCUGUGCCCUUUGCUGCAUUUGCAAAGCAGCUGGAGACUUUUGCGGUGCUCCUAAUCCUGCCCUGGUGAGCGUGGGUCACGUGACGGGGCAGAUCGUGGUCGUGCAAGCCAACCGCGGCCUCGAGUACCAAGCCGAGCUCGCCGUCGACGACCUCACCUUCGUUGACUGCGCUCCCCCGAUGCCUCCGUCCACUGGAACAACCUGCGAAGCCAACGGGAUGUUCACCUGCGAUUCGGGAACCUGCGUAUCCCGCGACAAAAUCUGCGACUUCUCCGACGACUGCCUCGACGCCUCCGACGAAUCCUACGGGAUGUGCUCCGCGUACAAGUUCCGCUGCGACUUCGAGGCGGGCUUGUGCGGCACGUGGGCGGAGGAGGUGACAGACAGCGCUGACUGGGUGCUGUUGCGGGGGUCGUCCGACACCCUGGAGAUGCUGCCCGGCUACGACCACACGAGCCUCUCCUCGAGCGGUCACUUCCUAGUCUUGGAUAUACCAAUUGACCCAAAGAUCCAGGUAGUAGGUCGUCUUCAUUCACCUGUGGUUCUCGCGGGGGUCGAGGAGUGCACCCUCAGAUUCUGGUAUCAAGUCCUUGGGGAGAAGCCAGGAGUUAUCAAUGUCUACAGACGUACGAGUUAUUAUUCCGAUGGCUUGCACCUUAUAGCGUCAUUGAAUAAUACAGCAAAAGGUCUUUGGCUUAAAUUCACCAUUCCGGUCGGCGAUAGCACUCAUAGUGGGGAUUUCCAAGUGGUCCUAGAAGGCGUAGCAGAUCCGGAUGUACGAGGCACUCUUACGCUCGACGACUUCGCAAUGUCGCCAAUAUGUGAACUCUCGCCCAUCCAAAACCUACCUGGCGGGGACGACCUGACCACACCUUCCCCUGUCUGCCUGCCGCCCCAAUUAGCAUGUGGCAACGGACUCUGCUACUACCCAGAGGACAUAUGCAACUUUAUCGAUGACUGCGGAGACGGAACGGAUGAGCUUCAGUGCACUAGGAGUUGUGACUUCGAGACGGAAGGCGACCUGUGCGGCUGGUUCGUGAGCGCGGCGAGCUCCAUCCCCUGGCAGCGUGGGGGGUUCCCUGCCCCUCUCCCCGGACCCCCUGUUGACCACGCCUUUGAUGCCUAUGCGCAUGACCUCUUCACGGCCAAGGAAAAGAGCACUGGAGGACAGGUCGCCAUCUUGGAGUCCCGUGUGUUUUCGCAAGUCGGGAAGGAAUGUACUCUCGUGUUCUGGCACUACAUGUUGUCUACGGGCGCCGAGUCCUCGAGUCUGGCUGUUUACAAGAAAUCGGAGGAAACUGCUUCCAGCUGGCCACGACGCGGACAUGCUGUGGUUCGAAAUGUCCAGCUCCGGGAAGUGGGCGAAGGAGUACCUGGGCCUCGGGCGCCUCGGGAGCAAGAGGGACUUCACCGUGUUUCAAGCCGUGCACGGCGACGACAGACUCAUAUAGCCAUCGACGACGUGAGCCUGGAGCUGUGCACGCCCGAGAGCUCUUGCCACACGACCACCGAAUUCACGUGCGCAGACGGCUUGUGCAUCCCCCGCCAGUUCGCGUGCGAUGCCAAGUACGACUGCGACGACAAGAGCGAUGAGUUUAACUGUACUGUGGUUGAUGGAGAUUGCAAUUUCGAUGGAGACUGGAUGCUGACCUGUGCCUAUUUACAAAAAGUGGACGACGACCUGCAGUGGACCCAAGCCAAAAGCUCCAACGACCUCUUAAACGGUCCCCGCCACGACCACACGCUUGGCUCCAAAGGUCAGUACGUAUACCUGUCCAGCGACCAAGGAUCCCCUGGACAGGUCGCAGGAAUCACUCCCCACGCGACCUAUCCUGCUUCGCGGGACCUGUGCUUCGUCAGGUUCUGGUUUUAUAUGCACACCGACUACGUUAAUGCCGAGGGGACGGUGGACACUGGGGCGCUGAGGCUCAUUGUGGAAGAAAAAUCCGGAGGGCGUUGGGUGGCGGCGUCACGGAGCAGCAAUUACGAGGCCAGCUGGCAGGAAGUGGUCGCCCUGGUCUCCUCCGACAGCCCCUUCCGCCUCGUGUUCCAGGCCGAGUUGGGGAACGCGAACCAGAGCUACAUCGCGAUGGACGACGUCUCGUUGACUCCUGAGUGUUUGACUGGUGUCGGCCCGUCUCUGAACAGCACUUGUGAGGCAGAUGAGCGGCUUUGCGACUCUGGACAGUGUGUACCUGAAGCCUUUUUCUGUGACUGUUUUAGUGACUGCUUGGAUAGCUCAGAUGAAGCUAACUGCG